CGUGCCCAGUCUGCUGCUCAGUCCGGCUACCUGUGCGUCUUGCCUGGCUAUCUGCGCGCGCCUCUCUCGUGUGUCCGAGCACUUGAACGUGUGCGCGCGUCCGUCUUGCUAUCGCGGUGUAUUCGCGUCUCUCUCUCUGCGUGCGUGUGCGUGCGUGCGUGUCCGACUCCUCUGUCUGCCUAGCCGUGUGCCUGGCUGCUCGUCUCGCCAUAAACUUGACGUCUGCCGCUGAGUCCUCAGCCCGCUCACAAUCCCACUACCACCACCGCCACCAAACACCACCAAAUACCACCACCACCAACCACCAAACACCACCACCACACACCACCACCACCAAACACCACCACCACACACCACCACCGCCCUCUCGCGACGUUCGCCUUUGGACCUGGGAGGAGGACCAAGAGGAAGGCGAGCAGGGAGAUCAAGCAGAGGAGGAGAGGAGGAGGAGGAGAGGAGAUCUCAGCAUCAUGAUGGAGUGGCCUCUGGUUCGUCUCUUGGGAGCCGCCCUGGUCUGCUUGGCUCCGCGGGGAGGCGCCGCUGUCGGGGUCGGUCCCUGCCUCGGCGUGGAUCAGCUGAGCGACCCAGCGGCACAGUUCCUUUGCUCUCGGGCCUGUAAUGGCGACUGCGGAGCCUGGCUCUUGCCUGAGCGUGCUGCCCUAACGGAGGAGGCUGAUGCCCGGGGAGCCCAAGGCGAACGGCCGGGCCCAGAGGCCUGGGGCCAGCAGGCUGGCAAUGACGAGCUGGUGGACGAGGUGAUGGAGGACGAGGUGAUGGAGAACGAGGAGGAGCCACUGAGGCGCUCGCUGGGCUACGCCGUGGGGCACUUUCGGUGGGGCAAGCCGGCGAACCGCAAGAAACGGCCCGUGAAGGUCUUCGUGGAGCCCGGCUCUGAAGACUUUCAAGAUCUCUCCGAGAGAGCCAUCAUCUCAAACAGUGACCUACAGCCACAUCAACACGAACAACAACAACAACAUCAUCAUCAUCAACAGCAGCAGCAGCAGCAACAUCGCCACCACCAAGUCGAGCAGAACGCUAUCACUGCGGCCGAAGCGUCCCGUGCAAUCGCCUCCUCCUGGCCCUGGAUCCUUUCGCCCGGGGCCGUUCCUAUGGCCGGUGCCGCAGAGAUCGGCGGACCUCUGUGGUCCCAAGACGAAAUGGGGCUUGGUCCGAGGCGACAGAGUAAGCGCUACGGAGGGUUCCAGGUCCACAGCGAACCUCCGGUUGCUAAGACACCCCUCAUGGUCCUGUUUAAGAUGUUCAAAGGCAGGGAUGGGAAGUCUCAAUAA